UUUGACCGCGCGCGGCCAGGCGGGAAGGACGGCGCGGCGGACUGGAGGCUCCGAGCGGCGGGCGACAUGUUCCGGGCACCGGACAGCGAGGGCGGCCGGGCCGGCUCCAGGGCUGCAAAGCCUCCGGGAGGAGAGCCAGGUGAUCGUCCAGAGGAAGCCGCGCCUCCCCGCAGGCCGGACAGGAUGGCGUCUAAUAUUUUUGGACCAACCGAAGAACCUCAGAACAUACCCAAGAGGACCAACCCCCCCGGGGGAAAAGGAAGCGGUAUAUUUGACGAAUCAGGGCCUGUGCAGACUCGGCCACGUCUGAACCCACCGGGGGGCAAGACCAGUGACAUUUUCGGGUCCCCCGUCGCUGCUGCCUCACCCACGGCGCACCCAAACAAGCCCAAGGACCACGUGCUCCUGUGUGAGGGAGAGGACACGCCAGACCUCAGAGCCAGUGCCUCACCCAGACAAGAGCCGGGCGAGCCCAGCGGCCCGAGAGAAGCAGCCUGCGUCCAGGAGCCUGCGCCCACCGUCGACAGCCACGAACCCCGGCUGGGCCCCCGGCCUCGCUCCCACAACAAAGUCCUGAACCCGCCCGGAGGCAAGUCCAGCAUCUCCUUCUACUAAGAGGCCUGCCGCGUCCCAUAGCCAGACAAGAAACUCCAGAGAUAGGAUUUCAAAUAGUGUAGUUCCUUUAGCCCGCAGGAGCAGGGUGGGGAGAGGGUCUCAGGUGGACACCUGAAGCUGCCGUCCAGUUCACAGCCAUCUCGAGAUGAAGACCCACCUUCUGGACUCUGAGGGAGGAGACGGGGCCCUGGUAUGAGAGGAGCUCCCAGUGGGCGGGAGGGAAAUGGGGCCAGGCCAGGUGCCCCUGAGAAGUGGGGUCUCACGUCCGUGGUGUGUUGGCUAAUUGGGUAUCUAGGGAUCACUAACACAGUAGCAAAGCUUAAAGCCUUCGAGAGAAAACCAAAACCGCGGGUCCGCCACUGUGGGACAGAGGAGCCACCCUGGGGACUUGUUCAGCCCCAGUGUUUUUCACCUCCAUUCCAGAGAUUUUCUUAAAACGUCUUGGUUGCUUUUCCUCAGCAGCUGUCAACAGAAAACCAAAAUGCCGUGUUCCAUCAUAUGCUUUAAGGAGGGAUUUUGCACCCUGCUUCUGCCCUCUCAAACCUUGGCCAGGUCUUACAUAGGAAUCUCUUGCUUUUUGUCCACGAGAGACUGGUUUAGACUCUUUACUUUGCAGGCAGUCUUGCUUGUGAGUUGUUCUUUUUCCCUCAUCAGCCGUAAGUCUGGGCCUGUGCUCCUCACCAGUGACGUGGCCUGCUCCCUUCACCAGCGACACUUCCUGUCAGCAAGACCACUACCUUCUCCAGGACUUUAAAACUACCCAGACAUGUCCAGGUACUGGCGUUGUUUACACUGUUCCUGUGUCUUCCCUUAUGUUCCUGCUGGCCGUGGGAGGAACAGAUGCCUGAGAACCCUGGGUUCUUAGGUUUGGCUUCUUUGGUAAUAGCUCAAGACCUGUUCUCGAGUGCCAGCUUUGCUUCAGUGACUGUUGACUGUGGUCUGUUUCUGACGCCUUUCUAGAAAAAAGUCUCUCGCUCAGGUACACCAAAGAAGAAGGAGAGUUUUCUUAGGCCACCCUUUCUAAAGCUUUGCAGAACCUCUGGGCCACAUUCAGUUUCCAGACAAGACUUAGAGACCUUAGGCCAGGAGAUUAAAUAAUUUGGCAGUAAAUUCUCAACUGGCUCAUUUCAUGGUUAUCUGCCAGCGAAGAUACCGGACUGGCAAGAGUCGUGACGCUAUCAUCUGUCAGACGGAAGUUUCUCCCAUUGAGCCUCUAAAGGGCUACAGUGUCAGUACCUGUACUACAGUCACGAGAGACCAACAGCUUGGGUGGGGGGACCACUGGUACGAGUGCCUACUAAGUUCAUACAGGUGCUAGAAGCAUCUUCAUUACUACAGUGUGGCCACGCUUGUAGUGGCCUGAACACCCCAGUGCCUGUGGGAGCUCCCUACCAGGCUUCACACCCCCCACCAGUGCUGGGGGUCCGCACGGUGCUUGCCAACCAAAGACCCGCUCCUGUCCACCUGCUGACUUUGGAGCUGAGAAACUCUCAUUCCACGUGAUGCUCUCAAGCGCCUCCUGUCUCCCUCUAGCCUUCAAGUGGUCAUUUAUAAGAAAGUUGUCUGGAAUUCAGAGCAUUUUUUUCCCCAUUAAAAACUGACAUAACUGGUGAUUAGCUUUUAAGCUCAAACUCACUGACUUACACAAGUUACAAUGAGAUGUUCCAAAAGUAGAUGUGAACAAUUUAUAACUGUUUUGUUGUGUUCUUUAACGUACAAGAAAAGCGAAUUCCAUAUUGAAUGGCCAAGAAGACCCUGACCUGCUGCUGGCCCUCGGGGCUUCUGCCUUCCCGUCAGCCACAGGAGGGGAAGAGCUUUCUAAAUCCGUCCCCUUGCAGGGACUUUGGGGCAGAGCUGGGAACCGAGGCGGGCGGGCUGGCGGAGGAGAUCACCACCAGGGCAGAGUCCAGCGCAGCAGGACCGCGUCAGCUUACUCGUCCCCAGCUUUGCUCUUCCUUUCCCUCCUUGGGGCUAUGGGCCUGGGUUGAGGGAGCCGGGAUGGUCUGGUCAUGGGAGGAGCAGCAGAAAAAUUUGCUCAUUUUUGCUGCAGAAAAAUUUGCUUAUUUGCUCCUUUGAACCUGAUGGGGGAGGCCAUUUGUAUUUAGAAAAUGCUCUGUACCUUGGGGAUUGCCUGUGUUUGGGAGGUUCGUUAACCCUCUGCAUCCUUUUCUCAGCCUCCAAGCUACAUUGAGAAAUUACUGGUCUGUGUUUUUAUUAAGCCUUAAAACUUUUUUUAUGUGCAUUUGGUGCCAACGUUUUUGUAAAGCUGUCAUUGGAAACAACAAACCUGUGCUCACAUCACAGUGUAACCUUGAGAGGAGCCUGUUUUUUUACAAGGCAGGAGUGGGUGUAGCUGUUGAAUUACGCUUAGCAAUCAGGCACUCAGAGUCUCUGCCUGUCGGUCAUGUGCACAGUGUGUGUGUCCGCGCGAGGCCGGGCAGGCAGUCCUGUGUGCUCACGUGUUCCCUCUGCAUCCAUUCUCCAGAGCUUGAACUCUCCUCCUUUCCUCACAGCUCUUCACUGGUUGAAGGGGUUUGCCUUUUUAUUUUUUUUUUUAAGCCAGAAGAUGCCCAAAUUAAUCUGAAAGUUUAUGGAUUCAAGGUUAUUUCAUUUGAAAACCAAAAACUUAGCUUCUAAAGGAAUGGAUGGGAAUGUGGCAGUGUUCUUUUUAGUUUCUGUAAAUUGAAGGUAAUGAUUCUUUUUUCUCUUACCGCCACUCGUUUUCCUGCCAAAUGAGUUGACUUUGAAACUGCCCUGACCCCUGGCCAUGAAUAGAUGAAAGUGGAGUCGCUCAGUCAUGUCCGACUCUUUGCAACCCCAUGGACUGUAGCCUACCGGGCUCCUCUGUCCAUGGGAUUUUCCAGGCAAGAGUACUGGAGUGGGCUGCUAUUUCCUUCUCCAGGGGAUCUUCCUGACCCAGGGAUCGAACCCAGGUCUCCUGCACUGUGGACAGAUCUGAGCCACCAGGGAAUUCCAUGAAUAAAGUGCUGAGCUAUUAGAAUCUGCCUGUAGAUUUGCGUCCUAUAGAAAAAGCAUAGAUUGUUUUUGCUUUCUAUAUAUUAGCCGUUUUCAUAUGUCCUGCAAGCACACUUGAUAUCCUUACGUGCAUUAAGUGGAUUGGGGGAAAUGGAGCUACUUAGCCUGCCUGGAAAGCCCCCUAGAAGAAGCUUCACCCCAUUCUGCCAACUACCAGGGCCAGCUACCAGGACAGCACUUAAGAGAGAAACCCGACAUAGGUGACCUGGCACUGUCUUCACUUAUUCAUCUGAAAAUGUUUCUGAGAGUGCAGCGUAUGCUCCCGGGACUGGGUGGGGCAGUGGCACCUACUUGUAGCAGCUGCUCCAGCCAUGGCCAAGCACUGAGGUCUCAGCCUCAGUGAGUUGUCACAGCCUGUCUCUCCAGAGGCCAGGCAGUGGCUGAGUCAGAGGACCAGGGUGGCUCCUCCACGUUAUGGGGCAGAAAUGAAAACAACUAAGGGCUCCCUCUUCAGUUCUGUGCCUUGUCUAGAAACACACUGGCUCUUUUGCCAGACUGAAACUUGUUCUAACACCUUUGUGAGUCAAACCCCGCUAGGAUGUCUGUCUCCUCCCAGGUUAUCCUGUUAAUUUCUUCUGAACUUUUGUUAUGUUCUUAAUCCUUAGCAUUCUUGGAGCUCAGGAAUGAAAUUUCCUGUUAUAUGUGUGACUAAAAGUGCAGGCAUUUGGGAUGAAUACUUAGAAAUUAAAGUAGAACUUUUGAAACCUGUAUGUCUGGACAUCUUACAUUUUAGGGUCUUAAAAUGAGAAAAAGAAAAAGCUGAAUAGCAAGUUAUCUUUACAAAUCUGAAAGGAAGCAAGUUCUAACUCAGUUAGCUUGAGCUCUCAGAGUGUGCUAGUAUUCAGUAAGCAUCAAGAAUUACCAGGCAUAUAUUUUGUUAAAACUUAAUUUUCUCUAACCAAUUUCAAGUAAUCUGCCCAAACAUGUUGUGAAAACUAAUAAAGUUGAUGCCAAGUCAUUUGGCGUCUCACUGUUGUA